UUGUCAGUAUUGACUCCAGCAGAGGAAAAGCGCUCAUGUGUCUGCUGCUCCUCACAUCUGAGCCAUGGAAAGAAAACACAUGUCCGCAUUAUCUAUUUAUCAGUCAUUAUCAGGAGGAACAAAACCACAAGUGCAGGCAAAUGCUGCGCCAGCGAAGAAAAUCAAAAAGAAGGAGAAUGGCAUCCAACCAAACAAGAAAUCCAAUAAAAAGAAAAGGAUGAAGCCUCUAAAGUCCAGUAUGAGGCUCAGCAGCAGUGAUGAGGAGAAAUCUAAGGCCGUAAGUGUCUUGUUCUUUCCACAUUACAGAGAGAAUUGGGAGAAGAAACCGAUUCUUAUCCAACGACAGAAUCCAGACUAUUACAAAGGACUCUUUUCGACGGCUGAGUUUGACCGCAUCUUAAGAAAUAAUGAUGUUCAGUAUGGAGUGAACCUGGAUGUGACGAGCUACACAAACGGAAAAAGAGAGACACACAAUCCUCCAGGAAGAGUGCUACCGUACACGCUGUGGGAUUUUUAUGAGAGCGGCUGUUCUCUCCGAAUGCUCAAUCCUCAAGCGUAUUCCUCCACUGUGUGGCAAGUGCUCUCUAUUCUUCAGGAGAAGUUUGGCAGUAUGGCGGGUGCAAAUGUAUAUCUGACACCAGCGAGGACGCAGGGUUUUGCUCCUCACUAUGACGAUAUAGAGGCAUUCAUUUUGCAGUUGGAGGGCAAAUAGCAUUGGAGAGUGUACAACCCUCAAUCUGAAGAUGAAGUGUUGCCACUGGUGUCCAGUCCUAAUUUCAGUCAGGACGAGAUCGGGCAGCCCAUCAUGGACGUGGUGCUGGAAGCUGGCGAUCUGCUGUAUUUUCCCCGUGGCUUCAUUCAUCAGGGCGACUGUCUGCCUGACGCUCACUCGCUGCACCUCACCGUCUCCUCUUUCCAGAGGAACAGCUGGGGAGAUCUGCUCCUCAAAUUGAUGCCAGCAGCUCUGGAGACUGCGAUGGAGGAAGACGUUGAGUUCAGGAAGGGACUGCCGCUCGAUUACCUUCAGUUCAUGGGAGUUCAGAACUCUGAGAAGGAAGACCCACGGAGAGACAAAUUCAUUGCGCACGUCGAGGGCCUGAUGAAGAAACUGGUCGAUUAUGCACCAGUCGAUGCUGCUGUGGAUCAGAAAGCCAGAGACUUCCUGCACGACUGCCUUCCACCGGUGCUGAGCGCUGAGGAGAAGGCCAGCAGUGUGUACGGGGCUCCUGCUCGAUGGGGAGACGGUGAGGCCCUUGAUGUGACUGUUCAACUGAAGGGCCAAACCCAAAUCAGACUCUUGGGGGCCGGAGCUGCAAGGUUGUGCGGUGAUGGAGACACUGUGACUCUUUUUUACACUACUGAGAACUCUAGAGUCUAUCAUAAAGAAGAACCCAAGAGCAUUGAGAUGAAAGCAGAGCACAUAGAUGCCAUGGAGUUUCUGAUUCAUUCAUAUCCCAAGUUUGUUUCUGUGGCCUGUUUGCCAUGUGAGACAGUGGAGGCAAAGAUGUCUCUGGCUGAGCUGCUCUUUGAGAAGGGACUGAUCCACACAGCCGAACCUUUGACAGCUGAAUAAAAACAGUAUUUUGUGGCUAAAGAAAAUGAGUGUCCUAUGUCAUAUGCUUAUCAUCUGUUGUAACUACAUAUUUUUUGUAAACUGAAAUUGUCUCCAAUGUGUAUAAAACAUCUUUAGAAAGCAAACCAAGAGUAUUUUUGAGGUUUCUUUGUCCUGUUGACUAGUCUGAAAAUAAAUUAAUAUAUGUCUGUGUAUGUGUGUGUACAGAAUUGCUCAAGUUAAACUUAAAAUGUUAUUAUACAUUGACAAGGCCAUGCAUACAUUUUGGGAAAACAAGCGCGUAUAAAUUUGUUCAAUCAGUUAUAGUUGCACCAGUGCUAAAACAGUGUGUUAAAACGGUUUAGUAUUGGUAUCUUCUAACACCAUAUGCUAUUGUGUUCAAAUAUGAAAAAAAGGUUAUUGCAGGUGUUAUUUUGGUCAUAUUCUCUUAACAGGCCAAGUAAAACCAGAUAGGAAAUCAAAAUUAUGUGAAAUUAUCAAAACACAUGAUGCAGCA